AUAACUUUACUUUUUCUCUCCCUCCCACCCCUUAAUCACAACUUUUAAAUUUCUGUUAUCCAACGGCUUUAUCAUUUUCCAUCUCUUAAUUACUAUUAAUUAUUUCCUUAAUUACAAUAAUUUAGCAACCUCCUUCCUCUCCUCUUCUCUUUUAUCUUCUACCUUUUUUCUCCUUUUCCUUUUCUUUUUUCCUUUGAGCUUAAUAGAUAACAAGAAGAACCAUUUUUUCUCAAGGAUUUCAAGUACCCACUUAAAGAGAAAGAAAGAGAGAAAAGAAAAGGAUGAACAGAAAAGAGAAACAAAGAAAAGGAGAGGCUUAGCUUCUUCCUUGUAUUUGAAGACUCUCUUUUCUGUUGAAGAUGUUUGAUUCCUUAAGCCCAUGCACACUUGAAGUUUCUCAGAUUCCCUUCUUCACUACUUUACCUUUCUUUACUACAAAAUCUAUUACUACCCUUUGGCUUUGCUUCAAGUCCUUCCAAAUUCAAUUCCCCUGAAAAUAAUUUCUCCCAACGAUAAACUAAGGAAAAACCAUGGUCCCCUUCUUCAUUGUUUUUCUGACUCUACUCUCUAUCCUUACAAACUCUUCAUCUGCUUCUUUGGUUAGUGACUUCAAUGUCUUACUCUCUCUUAAACGAGGCUUUCAAUUCCCUCAACCUUUCUUGAGCACGUGGAAUUCCUCGAAUCCUAGCUCAGUUUGUUCUUGGGUUGGAGUUAGUUGUUCUAGAGGAAGAGUUGUUUCAUUGGACUUGACAGAUUUCAAUCUCUACGGUUCUGUUUCACCUCAACUUUCAAGGCUCGAUCGACUGGUGAACUUGUCACUUGCAGGAAAUAACUUCACAGGCACUGUUGAGAUUAUCAGGUUGAGUAGUCUUCGGUUUCUUAACAUCUCAAACAAUCAAUUCAGUGGUGGUCUGGAUUGGAACUAUUCAGAAAUGGCGAAUCUGGAAGUGUUUGAUGCUUACAACAAUAACUUCACUGCUUUUCUUCCACUUGGCAUUUUGAGCUUGAAGAAACUCAGGUACUUAGAUCUUGGUGGGAACUUCUUCUAUGGGAACAUACCACCUAGUUAUGGUAGACUAGUGGGGUUGGAGUAUCUUUCGCUUGCGGGAAAUGAUCUUCGUGGAAGAAUUCCUGGUGAAUUGGGAAAUCUUUCCAACUUGAAGGAGAUUUUCUUGGGGCAUUACAAUGUUUUUGAGGGCGGUAUUCCUGCAGAGUUUGGCAAUCUUAUGAAUCUAGUUCAGAUGGAUUUAUCAAGCUGUGGAUUAGAUGGUCCAAUUCCGCGCGAGUUAGGGAACUUGAAGAUGCUUGAUACUUUACAUCUGUAUAUCAAUCAUCUUUCAGGUUCUAUUCCAAAAGAGUUAGGCAACUUGACCAACUUGGCGAAUCUUGAUCUUUCGUACAAUGCACUCACCGGCGAAAUCCCAUUUGAGUUCAUCAGUCUUAAACAACUGAAGCUCUUCAAUCUGUUCAUGAAUAGACUGCAUGGUUCUAUACCAGAUUAUGUGGCAGACUUGCCUAAUUUGGAAACAUUGGAGCUAUGGAUGAACAAUUUCACUGGUGAGAUUCCUCGAAAACUUGGCCAAAAUGGUAAGCUUCAGGCUCUUGAUUUGUCUUCAAAUAAGCUUACAGGUACAAUCCCACAAGGCUUGUGUUCCUCUAAUCAGCUAAAGAUUCUAAUUCUUAUGAAAAAUUUCCUGUUUGGGCCAAUCCCAGAUGGGCUGGGGAGAUGCUAUAGUCUUACUAGAGUAAGGCUGGGACAGAACUACUUGAAUGGCAGCAUUCCAGAUGGACUUAUUUACUUGCCUGAGCUGAAUUUGGCAGAGUUGCAGAACAAUGUCCUUUCAGGGACGUUAUCAGAGAAUUGUAAUAGCUCUUCAAGACCUGUUAGAUUAGGCCAACUAAAUCUGUCAAACAAUCUUCUUUCAGGUCCUCUGCCAUUUUCAAUCUCGAAUUUCUCUUCCCUCCAAAUCCUUCUUCUUAGUGGAAAUCAAUUCUCAGGUCCAAUCCCACCUUCUAUAGGAGUACUCCGUCAAGUACUAAAACUUGAUGUUAGUAGAAACUCACUUUCUGGUUCAAUUCCACCUGAAAUAGGAAGCUGUUUCCAUCUCACUUUUCUUGACAUGAGUCAGAACAAUCUCUCUGGCUUAAUCCCGCCUGAGAUAUCCGACAUUCAUAUCUUGAAUUACCUGAACUUAUCAAGAAAUCACUUGAACCAAACCAUUCCAAAGUCCAUUGGUUCAAUGAAAAGUCUCACUAUUGCUGAUUUCUCUUUCAAUGAUUUCUCAGGGAAGUUGCCUGAAUCCGGGCAGUUCUCAUUCUUUAAUGCCUCGUCUUUCGCGGGUAAUCCUCAACUUUGCGGUCCUCUCCUUAAUAAUCCUUGCAAUUUCACCGCCAUCACCAAUACACCAGGAAAAGCACCGAAUGAUUUCAAGCUGAUCUUCGCUUUAGGCCUACUGAUCUGCUCUCUGAUAUUUGCAAUCGCUGCUAUAAUCAAGGCCAAGUCUUCCAAGAAAAAUAGCUCGGAUUCUUGGAAGUUAACAGCUUUCCAAAAGAUAGAAUUCACUGUCACAGACAUCCUGGAAUGUGUAAAAGAUGGAAACGUUAUUGGUAGAGGAGGAGCAGGGAUUGUCUAUCAUGGAAAAAUGCCAAAUGGGGUGGAAGUUGCAGUCAAAAAGCUACUGGGUUUCGGUACACACAGUCAUGACCAUGGUUUCAGGGCAGAAAUUCAAACACUAGGCAACAUCAGGCAUCGAAACAUCGUUAGAUUGCUUGCAUUCUGCUCCAACAAGGAAACCAACUUGCUGGUUUAUGAGUACAUGAGAAAUGGAAGCCUGGGAGAGGCAUUACACGGCAAAAAAGGUGCAUUCUUGAGUUGGAAUUUGAGAUACAAAAUUGCCAUUGAAGCUGCCAAAGGACUGUGCUACCUUCACCAUGACUGUUCCCCACUGAUUGUUCAUCGAGACGUAAAAUCCAACAACAUUCUUCUAAAUUCAAGCUUCGAAGCACAUGUUGCAGAUUUUGGAUUAGCUAAAUUCCUCAUCGAUGGUGGGGCAUCAGAAUGCAUGUCAGCAAUUGCAGGGUCUUACGGCUACAUAGCACCUGAAUAUGCAUACACUUUGAAGGUGGAUGAGAAGAGUGAUGUGUAUAGUUUUGGAGUCGUCCUUUUAGAGCUUCUCACGGGCCGGCGACCAGUGGGUGAUUUUGGGGAUGGGGUAGAUAUUGUACAAUGGAGCAAAAGAGUAACAAAUAACCGCAAAGAAGAUGUCUUGAACGUUAUUGAUUCAAGGCUAACAAUGGUGCCUAAAGAUGAAGUAAUGCAUUUAUUUUUCAUCGCAUUGCUAUGUAGCCAAGAAAAUAGCAUCGAACGUCCUACAAUGAGAGAAGUGGUCCAAAUGCUCUCAGAAUUCCAUCAUCACUCGUUGGAUUACCAUUCUUCGUCUUCUUCGGUUAUUUUCCAACAAUUGAAAAAUAGUGAAACAGAGAAAAAAUAUGCAAAAUUUAAAUCAGAUCUUUUGGUAUAAGAAGCUUUGGAUAAUUCUUUUUUCCCUCCUUAGAAUUUCAAUGUUGUCUUUUAAAUUGGCUUGAUUUUGUCAUAGUUUUUCUUUUCCUUUUUUAAUGUGCAAAAGUAAAUUUUACCUUUUUUAAAUAUUGGGUUUAGAUAUAGGCAGAGAAGAAGAUUUGGGUACCAAAAUAGAUGUAGGAAUAAUUUUGUGGUUCGCACUUCUUUUAAUGAAGUGUUGUUUUAUUAGGUGGAGAGCUUGCAAAUCUUUUUAAUUGAUAGUUGUGCCUGCUCUUUGUAUUAUACUUUUUCUUUUUCCUAAUGUACACAAAAUGCUAUUUCUGAUU